AACCGGUUGUACACGAAUCAUAACAUUAGAAAUUGUAACCGGCUCUAUCAGUCACUCAACUUUGUGAAUUAUCUAUCAACUCCUCAACAAAAAUAGACUUUUUGAUCAAACGGCAACUUCUGUCCAUCGAUUUGGUCAACCUUGCAAUCGCCCGUAAUCGGUGCAUGUUUCGCCUGCUUAUUCGAAAAAUGACCACCCAGGUGCUCGAUGAAUCGACCCUUUUCGAGCAGCUCAGGGUGCAAAUCGUGCCUGACUUCUCGGUCAAGAGCCACAAAGGGCUUGCUGGACGAGUGGGCGUGGUCGGAGGCUCGGAGGAGUACACGGGGGCGCCUUUUUACGCUGCCAUGAGCGCCCUGAGGACCGGCUGCGACCUGGCUCACGUCUUCUGCCUCCCGCAGGCGGCACCGGUCAUCAAGGCCUACAGCCCCGACCUGAUUGUCCACCCUCUACUCGGACAUCCUGAAAAGGAAAAGGUUGCCGAAAGCAUUGGUCCGUGGCUUCCGCGCCUGCAUGCGGUGAUAAUUGGGCCUGGUCUGGGUCGUGACGACAACGUCUUGGAAGGCGUCUCGCACGUAAUCGGCCUCUGCAGAGAGGCGGCCAAACCCCUCGUAAUUGACGCGGACGGCCUCUGGUUGGCUACACUGCGACCAGACCUGAUAAAGGACUAUCCAGGUCCUCUAGUCCUGACGCCGAACGUUGUCGAGUACGAGCGGUUGGCCAAUGCCGUUGGAAAGGGCGAAGGGUCGAUUGCCGCCGCCCUGGGCGCCAACACCGUUGUCCUCCGCAAAGGCCCCUCGGACCUGAUCGAAGGUGCCAAAGGUGAGAGGGUCGAUUGCACGGCUCAGGGCAGCUGGCGGCGGUGCGGCGGCCAGGGUGACCUGCUCUCGGGCAGCAUCGGCACCUUCCUCUCGUGGGAGGUGUACCAGAAGCUGGAGGGGCCGCAGACGGGCAUCAGGGCGGCAUAUGCGGCCUGCAAGCUCGUCAGGGAGAUGAACCGCAGAGCGUUUCUUAAGAAUGGGAGAAGCAUGUGUGCGACAGACAUGCUCAUCGAGGUGCACGGAGCCUUUUCCGAGUUCUUCGGACAGUGAAUUUUCGUUGGUUUUAUAAAAUAGUUUUUUUUAAUUCAAAUAAACAAUUAAAUU